AUGGCUUUGUCCACUCCUUCCAGCCCUCUCCUCCGUCUCCCUAAAGAACUGCGCUACGAGAUCUACGACUACCUCUUUCGUCAGGAGCCCAAGCAAAAUCGGACCGCACACCCACAAGAGCGACUAAUCACCUACAUCGACCGAAGCGCACCAACCGAACUAUCUAUGACAUGUCGCUUCCUCUGCGACGAGAUUCACGCCUACUUCUACUCAAAAGCUACCUUGGGUGUCUACCCACUUGCCCGCUCGUGCAUCUUCGAGAGCUCGAUCGAAGCAAUCGCCCUCCGCGCCAGCGCUGGACCUUGGGCCGGAUAA